GUUUAAAGAUGGCGGACAAACAAGCAGGUGCCCGUUAUGUAUAACAGUAAAUGGUGAACGCUUCUCAUUAAGAUAACGGGACUAUUAAACUAUAUAAAAUAAGAAAUAUUCCCAUGAGCCAACACAAUAGUUAAAAGAUGGAAGUACAGAAUAAAAAGAGAACUACAGGAGUGAAAGGUAAAGGGAAAGGUAAAAAAACUAAAACUGAAACAAAAGAUACAGAACCUUCUGAUGUAGAACCAGGAACUUCCAAACAACCCACAGAAUCUAAACAAGAUGUUAGCGUAGAUAUGGAUGGUCCAUCAGUGGCUAUAGAUCUAGAGGAUCCACAAGUUCAAGAUGAAAAACCAGAGAAAGUUAAAGAUGAUCCAUCCCUAAAGGAACAGACAUCCGAGGUAGAAGAGAUUUUACCAGACGAGAAUGGAGGUGUACAAACUUUAAACAAGGUCAGUUCAUCCGUGGCUAUAGAUCUAGAGGAUCCACAAGUUAAAAAUGAAGUAAAAGAGAAAGAUAUUUCACCAGUGAAGACAGAAGUUGUGGAUACUCUAGAGGAGAAUGAUUAUGAAAUACCAGUUAUUACUGUGGAACAGAAUCAGCAAGUUAAAACAACCCAACAAACCGAACAAUCAUCUGAGAAACAAGAGACUGAGUCUAUAGAUUUUUCUAGUAUUAAUCCUGAAGAUUAUGGUUUGAAGGUAGAAGAUGAUGACCUGCCGGCUGAUUUUAUUUACGAGCCCCCACCCCAAACAGACCUGCCAGAUUUAUAUAAUUUACUGGCCUCAUUGGAAGAAGGUAACGGAGAUCUGGUAACUAAGGACCCACCACCAUCUUUGUUUGCUAUACCUGAACAUAUUCCAAGUUACUCCAAAAUUUCAGAACUACGCUAUGAAAUAGAGAAAGGUGAACUCCAGCCGUAUAUUUCACGAUUUGAUACUGACGUUAAAGAUGACGUGGUUUUACUGGGAAAGAUUUCAUUGGAGGAGGUACAGGAAGAAGAAAAACGACUGCGGGAUGAACAUAUUCUAUAUUUAGAACAAGAAUCCCGACUAGCUCGUGAACGAGAGGAAAAGUUGAUUAAUCGUGAAGAACAAGCUAAAACCAGAAUGGCCACUUUUGUAAAAGAUAAGAGAGGAGACUUGGCUCGAAGAGAGGAGUUGCUACGUCAGAAAGAGAAGUUGAUGUUGGAUCAUGUUCACAAAGCUUUCCGUCGUGCCGAGAGUCAACUCAUUGGUACCUUAGAAAGACGCAAGGGGGAAGUCAAGACCUUAUAUGGUGAUUUGAUGCUAGCAGACGGACAAUAUGGUGGGUCAAAAGGUCGAAGGUGGAAGGUGGAUUGGAAUCGAACACCUCAACCAAUCAAGAUUAAUCUAAAGUGUAUUCGUGGUGUGAAGGACAAGUUACCAGGUGGUCGAUAUGUAAUGAUGGCCUCUCUAUAUAACAGACUGGGCGGUCACACUAUGAGAUGGUCUAAAUUAAAAGGACAGACCUGGGGUGGUACAACACUUCCCAUGUUCCACGAGGGUAAUUUUUAUAACACAGAAAUGAAGAUCAAUCAGAGUUUAUUUACUGUUCUCCCAGCUAAACCAUCCCUCCGUCCUGGUAUGAUAUUAGUAUUUGAGUUGUUUUUAUUACGCGGCUCUGUUUUACCAGUAGAUAAAGUCGUGGCCUGGGGAUGUUUUCCUAUUUGUGAUGGAAACUUCGACGUUUUAGAGGGAAAAUAUAAGUGUAGUAUGUUAAGAUCAGAGAUGAAUCUAGAGAUAGAUAAACACGAGAAGAUGGAAGAAUUAAUCUCAUCUGAUAUCAACCAUUGGUUAUCUAAUUUAUAUUUCGAGGUUAUUAAAUUACCCAGAUAUCUGGCUGGACAGAACGAACACGAAGUCGAGUUACAGUUUAGUUCUAAAUUAACCAACUUUCCCGAUCGGGUACAGACUGGUUGGGACGAGAAUAAAGAUGGCAGUGAUCCCAUACCCGGUUCAGUUACAGAUAUGGGUAGUGCUAGUUCGUCUGGUACUCCUAGUGGGAGUAGUGGAGUUAUCAGUACCAAUGAUACCAUCGUUAGAUCUGAGGCCACAACUUCUAAAGUUAAACUUCAUAAUCGACAUCUUCAGAUCGGUACAACGAGUCGAUCAUCCAGUACUAAUAUUGGAUCUCGAAUUAUAAAAAAAGACACGAGACGACCAGAAGACGAUGAUGGUGAUGUCUCAAGUGAAGAGGAAGAUGAGGUGAAAGCUAUUAGGAGACAGGGAGAUUUCAGACCACAUCAAACUAUGCCUGGUGUUUAUUAUAAGCAAUAUUUAAACAAUCCAGCUGAUGAAUAUUUUAAAAGAAUGUACACGAUGCUACCACGUACCUCAGUUUUAGCUCCUAGAUUGAAGAAAAAGAAGCUGACCCACGUAGAAGAAUUAGAAGAACAUAGUUUUUCUGUCCAAGCUCCAUUCACUGGAAAGGGUCGGUUCCACCACUCUGGACGUGAAAAGAUGGGUUAUAUCGCCCGACAGUUUUUAGCCGAGAUUGGAAUGUCACAAUGGCGUAGCAGAGAAUUCUGGGGCAUGUUGUUGUUAUUCCUGAUAUUUUUUUUCCUGCGAUUCACGACUCAUUAUUUUGGACAGUGGUUAUUCCUCAGUGCUCUUGGUAUACCCAUCAACAAAUUUGAUUUCCGUCCUUACACUGUAGACUUGAACUACCAGCCUACGUUACUACGAACCAGGGAAGAAAUUGGAGUUGUGGUCCUUGGUCCUAUGAUGAAUAUAUUGUUGUUUACGUUAAUGGUCAUUUUCGCCUGGAUUUGUCCGAAAAUAUUUGGAUUUUUUCCUGAUUUGUUUUCGAAAUUUGUUUUAACAUUUGGUGUUUUGACGUUUUUGGAUCCUCUGCUGAUUUUAAUAGUAGACUGUGCUAUGUUGAGAUUCUACGACCAAUCUACAGAACCAAUCGCAGAUUUUGCUAAACUAUGGUGGCAUUUCAGUCGUUCUCAAGGUUCAGGGCUGGCUGGCGUAUUUAUUACCUUGUUUUUAUACACGUUUGUUGGUCUCCUCUCCUCGUCUAUACUCUAUAUGUACUUCUUAAGGUUACAUAACAAUGGAAGAAUGUUGGAUAUAUUCUGGAGAUUACACGGUAAAGAAGAGAAUUUUUUCAUCCCCUACGAUCUAGAAAUGUCCAAUGAGGAGUUGGCGUAUGUUUGUCACAAAGCCGAGAUGUGGCGUGGCGAAGAGGGAGAGAGACGAAAAGUUGCUGUUUAUGAUUAUAUUUGGGAGGAGGAAGAGGUAGAAGAAAGUAUAUGGGAUGAGAAUGGAGUAGAGAAGUUAGAAAAGAAGGAAGGAAGAAAAGAGGUCACGACUCAUGUAUCCAUACAUACUCUACAUCUUGAUGGUCUGCGUGAACUUUAUCGUCAUUUCUUACGUUUACCUGAUGGUGCUAUCGUAGAGGUAUUUGGUGAUGUUUCAAUCCCAGGAAUGGAUAAAGAUAUGAAAACAGCAUUAGAACAAGGCUCCAAAAAUCUGGAAAAUUUAAUGGGCUCUCAACUUAGCAUGUCCAAGGUACGAGGAAGACAAACAGUUAUAACAAGAGCUGGUUUUACACCUGGACAAUCUAGUCCAACACCUAGUGAGACACCAUCAACCAGUCCCUCCACUGUAUCUUCAAUUGAGAAGAAGAAAAUCUUAUAAUUUAUGACCUUGUUUCUCUGAAAAUCUUUGGAUUAAUUUGAAGUCUGAAUUUUAAAAUGUAUCAUAAGAUUUUGUUGUUACUGUUUUUUAAAAAUGAUCUUACAAGUAUUUAUGAAUACAAUCAAAUCAAAAUCUUAUCUAAUAGCAACUGGUCUUUAAUUUCUGUCUGAUUUCCAUCUUCAAUACCAUUAGUCAAAUUUUAUUCAUGUGAAGCUCCAGUGGUCCAGAAGGAACUACUAUCUGAUAUAUCAAACUUUCAGACUAACUGAGUGUUAUAACAAAACACAAGACAAUAUUAUGGAAUAUAACACACUUCUUUAAUAAGGUUAAUAUUGUCUUGCGUGCUUCUAUAUGUCCUUCUAAUCUUCUAACUGAGUGUUAACUUGUACAUUCUAAAAUGUUGCUAUAUUUUAUAAUAAGUGCAAUUUUUUGUUAAUGAUAUCUGUUUGUUAUAUUUUGUAUAAUUUUGUAUAAGUUUCUAUUGCCAAUCUGUGAUAAUUUAUAAUUUUAUAAUCUGUGAUAUUCUGUGUCUGUUUUUCUGUGAUAUUACAAAAUUUUUAUUCCGUCCUUGUUUCAGAUAAUAAAUUUGUACACUGAUAGCCUAAAUUGUGAUAAACUGGUAGUUAUUAAUUGUGAAUUAUAAAGAGUUAUUUCUACUGUUUAUAUAUUACACUGUUAGACUAUUUUAAUUGACGUCACAUGAACAGAAUAUUUGAUAAUUUCAUGUAGAAAGUUGAUUAUAUUAUGUUAAUUUUAAAAGAGCACAUCAAAAUUAUAUUUUUAUACACCACACUUCUUAUAUUUUAUUUAUAUUUUAUUUAUAUUUUAUUCAAAUCAAAAUUUAUUGACUCGGGGCAAUUCAGAAAUAUCGUAAUUUACAAUUUGUAAAAAAUUUCAUGAAAUCUGAUUGGUUUUUAAGAUUACUGCAAUAAAAUCAACCAAUCAUAGCUUUUAGUAUGAUUAUCUUAAGUUAUAUAGCCUCUAUCAUCCAGUCAUAUGAUGAAAGAUAUCCUGGUUGUGGUAGACAGAAAUCUGGGUGUCAGAGACUAAGUUAUGAUGUGAUAUUGUAAUAAAAGAAACAAUAAAAGUUUUUAA